AUGAGGAACGUGCCGUGUGUGUGGCUUCUCCUGGGCGCCCUCCUGCUCCCGGCGGUCGCGGAGUCCGCGGUCAUCACUGGGGCUUGCGAGAAGGACCAGCAAUGUGGAGGAGGGAUGUGCUGCGCUAUUAGCAUUUGGAUAAGAAGCUUACGGAUGUGCACCCCUCUGGGACAUGAAGGCGAGGACUGUCAUCCAUUAAGCCACAAAGUGCCGUUUUUUGGGAAGCGGAUGCACCAUACCUGCCCGUGUCUUCCAAAUCUCACCUGUACAAAACUGGACGAAACCAGAUACAAGUGCCUACCGUAUCUAAAGAACAAAGACUUUUAUUUCUAA